GGCGUUAUGAGCAAAUUGAGGCAAAAAAUUUCAACGAGAAGCCAAGUCGGAGAAUAUGGAAAGAGGGAGCGAGAAGCCACCGGCAGGCGGCCCGGCAGUAUAAUAGUCUAAAUUCUAUUCUACUGCAUUCUUCUGACUUGUGAGCUCCUCUUCCUUUGUUUCGCAAUCUUGCUUGGAAGAGUUCUACCAUCGUUUACAUGGUGGCGAGGCAAUGUGCAGAACAGCCUCCAGCUUUGUUUUCUUAAUCGCCCUUCUCCUUCCUCCGGGGCUAGUCAACAUGGCUGAGAGCCCCUUGUGGAUUUGCCUCAAACUACAUAGCAAACAACACCUUUGGUCACAACCUGCAGCAAGCGCUGGCCUUUCAGGUAGCCAACGUUUCUUUCACCGGCUUCUACAAUGUUACGGUGGGCAAGAGCCCUGACCAAGUCAUCGCGGGCGCCAGUGUAGAGGUGACCUCGACGGCGAAGCUUGCGAGGUUUGCGUUUCCGAUGCUGCCUCACAGGUCGCCCUACGGUGCCCCAAGAACAAAGCGGCUGUGAUUUUCAUUCACAGCUGCGCCAUGUAUGUUGGUGAUGCCAAUAUUUCCAUCCCUCAAUCAUUUAAGAAAUUUUUCCAAAAGAAUGUUGGAGCCAUCCCCAACCCCCAAAGAUUCAAGCUCAUGCUCAUUUCCUCCUUCAACGAUCUCAUCGUUUCCGUCAUCACCAACCCUUUGGGCCGCUUCUACUGGGGCGACAGUUUCAAGUAUACUCAGAACUUGACUAUCUACGCCAUGGCGCAGUGCCUUCAGAAUCUAUCCCCAAAGAGCUGCAAGUCUUGCUUAGAUGGAGCCGUUGCUCUAAUGCUCAAGGAUGUUGCAUCUUCAACGGGCGGUAUAGUUCUAUAUAAUCUUGAGUGUUAUGUAGGUUAUGACAUUUUUCCCUUCUUCGCUCCGCCACCUCACAAGAUUCCUCCAAGCAGCGCCAUUUUCAUCUCAACUAACUGCUCUCCACCAGCAUCGAGCAACAAGGUUGGCAGCCCCUUCCACAGAAACCUCAAGGCCCUUCUCAAUCAUCUAAUAGUGCAUGCACCUUUUUCUGGCUUUUACAACGACACCGACGGCCUGGACUCCAGCCAAGUCUACGGCCAAGCCUUCUGCCGAGGCGAUGUCCUUAGAGACGUUUGCUGGUAUUGCAUAGCCCAGGCUUCUAUCAAAAUCCAGGAGCUGUGUCCCAACAGCGAAAGGGCAAUCAUAUGGCUCGACCGCUGCCAGUUGCGCUAUUCCGAUGAGAACUUCGCCGGCAAGGUAGAUGUCUAUGACAGGGCAUGCCAGCCAGCAGCGGAGAAUGCAUCAAAUCCCGUGAUCUUCGAUCAGAAUUUGAGAAUCCUCAUCUCCAACUUGACGUCGCUGGCAGUGCAGAGCUCUCCCAUUCGCUUCUUUGCUACAGGAACGUCCGUGCCAAUGGACUCGCAGAAGAUCUAUGCUUUGGUGCAGUGCGUGAUAGAUAUACCUGCAGACCAAUGCGGGUGGUGCUUGCAGAAUGCGAGCUCUGACAUUGAGGGAUGCUCUAAUGGAAAGCAAGGCGGUCGUAUCCUCCGGGGAAGUUGCAGCCUGGCUUUUGGAGUGCAGCCCUUCUUUUUAGGCAAUCCAAUAUUCGUAUCACUUCCGCAGCCCAAUCAUGGGCACCAUCGCCGGUGGAUAUUUAUUGUCAUCUGCUUUAUUGGUGGACUAGUAUUACUAACAACAGGCUGUUUGUUUUGCUUAGUUCAGAAACGAAAGCAACAUCCUGAGAGUGAAGCAACUUUAGUUGAUUCUGAGAGUGCGGAAGAGAAUAUGGCAACCUAUGAUUUACCACAUUUCAGCCUGAGGACAAUAGAAGAUGCUACAGAUACAUUUUCAGAAUCAAAUAAACUUGGAGAAGGUGGAUAUGGUCCUGUCUACAAGGGGAAUCUUCGCGAUGGACAGGAAGUAGCUGUGAAGAGGUUAUCUGGAAGAUCUAGACAGGGUUUUAAGGAGUUCAGGAAUGAAGUUGAGUUGAUAGCGAAACUUCAACAGACAAACCUGGUUAGGCUUGUUGGUUGCCCCUUGGAAAAAGGGGAGAAGAUCCUCAUAUACGAAUAUGUGCCCAACAAAAGCCUUGAUUUCUUCCUGCAAGAUCCAAAACGCCGUGCUUCUUUGGACUGGGAGAAAAGGUUCAACAUUAUAAAAGGAAUUGCGAGGGGGAUGCUUUAUCUACACCAAGAUUCUCGACUCAACAUCAUUCAUCGGGAUCUGAAAGCUAGCAACGUGUUGUUAGACGACCAAUUGCAUCCUAAGAUUUCUGAUUUCGGGUUGGCAAGGAUAUUCAAUGGAGGUCAGGGCCAGGCAAUUACGGGAGUCAUUGUUGGUACAUAUGGAUAUAUGGCUCCAGAAUACGCCAUGGGUGGUGUCUUCUCUACAAAAUCUGAUGUCUACAGCUUUGGUAUUUUAUUGUUGGAAAUCAUCAGAGGCCGACUGAAUUCUGCAAGUAUUUGUUCUACUCAUGAUCAGCGUUAUGACCUUGUUGAGCAUGCAUGGAGCUUGUGGUGUGAAGAAAAAGGAACAGAGUUCAUCGAUCCAUUCCUCAAGGACGGUGCUUCAACAAGUGAUCAAAUGCUAAGAUGUUUGCAUAUUGGCUUUCUCUGCAUUCAAGAACAUGCUGCAACUAGGCCAACCAUGUCAAGGGUGGUUCUCAUGCUUGGGAACGUCUCUUUCGUCCUUCCCUUGCCUACACAACCGGCAGUCAUCGGGGAAAACGCAGCAGAAUCCAGCGUACGACGUUCUUCUUUUAUUCGGCCUGUUGCUUCUGAAGGGAGCACAAGUACAAAUGGUAAUAUAGCCUAUGAGGUGAUAGGAAUUCGACCAACAUAUGAACAAAUAUUUACUUCAAUCGAUGGACAGGCAUGGAGCUUGUGGUGCGAAGGAAAAGGGACAGAGUUCAUCGAUCCAGUCUUCAAGGACGCUGCUACUUCAACAAGUAAUCAAAUGCUACGAUGUCUGCACAUUGGCUUUCUCUGCAUUCAAGAAGAUCCUGCAACCAGGCCAACGAUGUCGACGGUGGUUCUCAUGCUUGGGAACGAUUCGGUGGACCUUCCCUUACCCACACAAUCUGCAUCCUUUGGGGAGAAUGUAGUAGAUUCAAGCCGACGAUGUUCUUCUGUUAUUACGUCUGUGGCUUCUGAAAUUACCACAAGGUUUGAGUUGAUCUUAGCCAAGCGAGUUCUAGUUAAUGUGUCGUUGAAUUUUUAUCCACGAAGAAAGCUGUCAGAACUUGAAGUUGUGAGCUCCUCUUCCUUUGUUUCGCAAUCUUGCUUGGAAGAGUUCUACCAUCGUUUACAUGGUGGCGAGGCAAUGUGCAGAACAGCCUCCAGCUUUGUUUUCUUAAUCGCCCUUCUCCUUCCUCCGGGGCUAGUCAACAUGGCUGAGAACCCCAACUGGAUUUGCCUCGGCAGCUCAAACUACAUAGCAAACAGCACCUUUGUUCACAACCUGGAGCAAGCGCUGGCCUUUCUGGUAGCCAACGUUUCUUUCACCGGCUUCUACAAUGUUACGGUGGGCAAAAGCCUCGACCAAGUCAUCGCCGCCGCAGAGUGUCGAGGUGACCUCGACGGCGAAGCUUGCGAGGUUUGCGUUUCAUAUGCUGCCUCACAGGUCGCCCUACGGUGCCCCAAGAACAAAGCGGCUGCGAUUUUCAUCCACGGCUGCGUCAUGUAUGUUGGUGAUGCCAAUGUUUCCAUCCCUCAAUCAUUCAAGAAUGCUUGCGUCCCGACUGUUGGAGCCAUCCCCAACCCGCAAAGAUUCAAGCUCAUACUCGCUUCCUUCUUCAACGAUCUCAUUGUUUCCGCCAUCACCAACCCUUUGGGCCGCUUGUACUGGGGUGACAGUUUCAAGUAUACUCAGAACUUGACUAUCUACGCCAUGGCGCAGUGCCUUCAGAGGCUAUCCCCAAGGAGCUGCAAGUCUUGCUUAGAUGGAGCCGUUGCUCUCAUGCUCAAGGAUGUUGCAUUUUCCGAGGGCGCUACAGCUAUGUAUAAUCUUGAGUGUUUUGCAAAUUAUGGCAUCUUUCCCUCCUUCGCUCCCCCACUUCACAAGAUUCCUCCAAGCAGCGCCAUUUUCAUCUCAACUAACUGCUCUCCACCAGCAUCGAGCAACAAGGUUGGCAGCCCCUUCCACAGAAACCUCAAGGCCCUCCUCAAUCAUCUAAUAGUGCGUGCUCCUCUUUCUGGCUCUUACAGCGACACCGUCGGCCUGGGCUCCAGCCAAGUCUACGGCCAAGCCUUCUGCCGAGGCGAUGUCCUUAGAGAAGUUUGCUGGUAUUGCAUAGCCCAGGCUUCUAUCAAAAUCCAGGAGCUGUGUCCCAACAGCGAAAGGGCAAUCAUAUGGCUCGACCGCUGCCAGUUGCGCUAUUCCGAUGAGAACUUCGCCGGCAAGGUAGAUGGCUAUGACAGGGCAUGCCAGCCAGCAGCGGAGAAUGCAUCAAAUCCCGUGAUCUUCGAUCAGAAUUUGAGAAUCCUCAUCUCCAACUUGACGUCGCUGGCAGUGCAGAGCUCUCCCAAUCGCUUCUUUGCUACAGGAACGUCCGUGCCAAUGGACUCGCAGAAGAUCUAUGCUUUGGUGCAGUGCGUGAUAGAUAUACCUGCAGACCAAUGCGGGUGGUGCUUGCAGAAUGCGAGCUCUGACAUUGAGGGAUGCUCUAAUGGAAAGCAAGGCGGUCGUAUCCUCCGGGGAAGUUGCAGCCUGGCUUUUGGAGUGCAGCCCUUCUUUUUAGGCAAUCCAAUAUUCGUAUCACUUCCGCAGCCCAAUCAUGGGCACCAUCGCCGGUGGAUAUUCGUUGUCAUCUGCUUUAUUGGUGGACUAGUACUACUAACAACAGGCUGUUUGUUUUGCUUAGUUCAGAAACGAAAGCAAGAUCCUGAUAAACUAAAAAAGAGUGAAGCAACUUUAGUUGAUUCUGAGAGUGCGGAAGAGAAUGAGGCAACCUAUGAUUUACCACAUUUCAGCCUAAGGACAAUAGAAGAUGCUACAGAUAUAUUUUCAGAAUCAAAUAAACUUGGAGAAGGUGGAUAUGGUCCUGUCUACAAGGGGAAUCUCCGCGAUGGACAGGAAGUAGCUGUGAAGAGGUUAUCUGGAAGAUCUAGACAGGGUUUUAAGGAGUUCAGGAAUGAAGUUGAGUUGAUAGCGAAACUUCAACACACAAACCUGGUUAGGCUUGUUGGUUGCUGCUUGGAAAAAGGGGAGAAGAUCCUCAUAUAUGAAUAUGUGCCCAACAAAAGCCUUGAUUUCUUCCUGAAAGAUCCAAAACGCCGUGCUUCUUUGGACUGGGAGAAAAGGUUCAACAUUAUAAAAGGAAUUGCGAAGGGGAUGCUUUAUCUACACCAAGAUUCUCGACUCAACAUCAUUCAUCGGGAUCUCAAAGCUAGCAACGUGUUGUUAGACGACCAAUUGCAUCCUAAGAUUUCUGAUUUCGGGUUGGCAAGGAUAUUCGAUGGAGGUCAGGGCCAGGCAAUUACGAGAGUCGUUGUUGGUACAUAUGGAUAUAUGGCUCCAGAAUACGCCAUGGGUGGUGUCUUCUCUACAAAAUCUGAUGUCUACAGCUUUGGUAUUUUAUUGUUGGAAAUCAUCAGCGGCCGACUGAAUUCUGCAAGUAUUUGUUCCACUCAUGAUCAACAUUAUGGCCUCGUUGAAAAUGCAUGGAGCAUGUGGUGUGAAGAAAAAGGAACAGAGUUCAUCGAUCCAUUCCUCAAAGACGGUACUUCAACAAGUGAUCAAAUGCUAAGAUGUUUGCAUAUUGGCUUUCUCUGCAUUCAAGAAGAUGCUGCAACUAGGCCAACCAUGUCAAGGGUGGUUCUCAUGCUUGGGAACGACUCUUUCGUCCUUCCCUUGCCUACACAACCGGCAGUCAUCGGGGAAAACGCAGCAGAAUCAAGCGUACGACGUUAUUCUUUUAUUCGGCCUGUUGCUUCUGAAGGGAGCACUAGGUCUCUCCAUUCCUGUCUUUCACAUGUGUCGGAGUAGGGACGAUCAGUGAACUCAUACCCAUGAUGAAGAUCGUUGGGGUUGUUCCAUAGUGGAAAAGAGUUGGAGGAACCACUUCUACAAGGAGCCAGCUAGCGUAGAAAAGGUAGAAUAGGAUGAUGUAAUUUUUGCUUGCUUUUUUAGAUAUUCACAUAUUCAGAUUCCUAUUUGCAUGUUAAAAUAAAACUUUAUACUUGCCUGAAUUGAUAUGAAUUCACAAUUUGAAUCUGAUCUUGGUCCCAUUUUUAAAUC